AUGGUCCUGAGCGCCGAUCUCCGUCACGCGGUGCAGGCGAAGCUCAAAGAUGCGGCCGACGGCGACCGCCUGGUCAAAGCCGUUGACGACAUCAUGAGCAUGCUUCGCACUGAGGGGCAUGUUUGUACUCAAAGGCUUCCUCCGCAACAAGUCGGGGUGCACCCUUGUAACCGAGACGGCCUAGGACUGAGCAGCGCAGACGUGCACUCGUUGCUCGAUGAAAUCAUUGACGUCGGCUUCGUGGCGAGCCGUGUCCAUGCGGUGGCAGUCGAGAUUGCGGACGACUCGGUCCGGAAGUGGAACGAGGAACUCGUGCAUGCCUCGGCGAAGCUCGGCGCGCUCCAGGGCGACAAGCUGAAGGCCGUCUCCCUCUCGGCGUCUCACACGAACUUUGCCCUGCGCCUGCUUGCGCAGGAGGUGGAGCACGAGAGCGACCUCGUGUCGGUGCAAGGCAAGCUGAGCAUGGCGCGCCUGCAACAGCGGGAUCGCGCUUUCUACGAGGCAGCCUUGCACGGACUGGAGUGGAGCGUCAUCAGCAAGGACGUGGCCGAGGCCUUCCCAGAGCUCCUGCACUAUGUCCAGACGCAAGGGAAUGCCACGCUCAGCCGCGGGGAGCACGAACUCCAAGUGGUUCGGCGGCUGCACACGCUGUGGCUGCAGGCGGACGCCACUGGGAAUGUCGACUUUGGCGUCAUCAAGAAGCGGACAUUGGCAUCGAAGCCUGGGUGCGCAAAGAGCGUGCCACACCUUUACACCUUUGCCCUCAAGUGUGCAGGGGGGCGCUCGGCGGUGUUCUUGCAGGAGACGGAGAACUUCGUCAGGGCGCAUGCUCCGUCCUCUCGCAUGUUAGGCCCUGACAUCUGGGAGAUUCUCUCUCAGGACGCCCGUGGACCGGCCCAGAAUGUCUUGUUCAGGCAUGCGUUGGUGAAGCUGGCCUACAUCCGCGACACGCUCACCGCCCAAGAGGCACGUAAAGCCUUCACCAAGGCUGUGUGGGGCAAAGCCAGCGAGGCUGACGUCAUUAUGCAGGAAUGGCGUCGGAUCGUGCGCGAGCAGUGUGACCUGCAGAAGGACCACCGGAUCGUGGCAGCCAUGGGCUAUGCGGAUGUUGCGCUGGCUGCCAUGGUGCUGAACGUGAAGGUGCACGGGGAGCGCAAGUACGAGACUAUGCAGGGGAUGGCCCAUGGCUUUGUCACGAUGCUCCGCACGAUUGCUGGCAAUGCUGCCAUCCGGUCCCCGUGGGAAGAGUUUGAAGAGGCUUGCCCGCCAAGCAGCUCUGCCUCACAGCCAUUGAAAGACAAGCACAUCAUGCGCGAGCUCAACACGGAUGGCAGUGUCAAGCCACAUGAGGAUCGUCUCCUGGAGGCUGGCUUCGAAAUGGGCCAAAGUGUUCGGCGAAAGCCGGACAUGUUGGAAGGCAAGCUUGUGGGGCUGAAGGAUGGCAAGGUCCGUGUGGAGCUCAUUGAGAACGGGCUGGUGGCCAAGAUACUGAUCGACGACUUCCUGAGCGGGGCUUGGCACAAGUUCACGCCCAGGGCGCAGCCGCAGCUGAUUGAGAACCCUGCGAAGUACCAUCCCAGCCACUUCCCGGAGUGGCUUGCCUUCAACAUGAAGGCGCGCAUCACCUCAGAGAUCGCGGAGGCAGUGUGCCGGUACGGAGCUGACCACUGGGACAAGCUCAACAUCCAAGUCAAGCCAAGCAAGCUCGUGCUGUGCAAGUCAGCCAUCCCAAAGCACAAGCUCAUGUUGGCUCCUGCGUCCCUCAACUUGCGCCACAAGUUCACGCCCCCUGAGGGGCCACCCCCCUUCAUGGUCGAGACGGCAUUCCCGGGCGAGUGCUACUUUUGGAUUGCGCCGACCGUUGUCCAGCCCAAGGCCGAAGAUGACGGUGGCUUCCUGAACCCCUUCUGGUUCGUGGGCACGUCGCACGAGGAAGCUGACUGCAACAUGGAGGUUGUCUACAAGUCUGUGAACAAGGACUCGGGCAUCAAGUUGCCCAUGCUCCGCAACAAGGAGGCCUUAAGCGAGGGCGACCGCCUGGUGCUGUUCAAGGACAGGGCUGCAGCCCCGGAGCCUGCAGCCUUGGAGAUGACGCCUCCCAAGCGCCGGGGCACGGCGAGCGAAGAGCUCGGGCAGAGCCUAAGAAGCGGCUCAGGAUGA